CUCUCAGAUCAAUACCAAGAUAAACCAACAACUAAGCCCACUUUCACACCGUCUUACACGACCAACCAGUCAACAUGCAGUUCACCACCGUCGCCGUCGCCUUCUUCGCCAGCCUCGUCGCUGCCCAGGACCUUUCUCUCCUCCCCGACUGCGCGCGCCCAUGCUUCGUCGACAACUUCCCCGUCUCAGGCUGCGCUGACCAGACCGACUUUGCCUGCAUCUGCGCUUCCUCCGCGUACAACACCGCCGUGACCAACUGCGUUCUCGGCGCCUGCGAGAUUUCCGACGCUCUCGCCGCUCUCACCUGGUCCCAGAAUACCUGCGCCGCUGCUGGUGUUCCCAUCUAAAGCGUGGAACUGGGUCAAAAUUGACUCUCUGCUCUGGAUUCAAUUCAUGAUUUCAGUCUGACUUUGGAAAAGGAGAGGAGUGAGGGAGAAGUUUUUGGCGUGGAGUGUACAUAUUCAAUCUGUGGACAACAGCUCCAACUAUAUAUACGAUGCAAAAUGGAAAACGA